AAACAUAUACUGCACUAAAGUAAAACAAAAUGCCACAAUGAGCUCCCUCAGAGACAGACAGAUCGCAUGCAUCAAGCGCAUGCUAGCCUUGGAUGCAGCAGAUGCCCAACAAGUCACACCGGGCGUCUGGAAAGUCCUCGUCUUUGAUGCACUGGGCCAAGACGUCAUCUCCUCCGUCUUGCGCGUCAGUGACCUGCGGGAAGCAGGCGUCACCGUGCAUAUGCAGCUGAAAGCAGACAGGCAACCAAUCGGUGAUGUGCCAGCCGUGUAUUUCGUUGAACCAACACAAGAGAACGUCGAUCGGAUCGUGGCUGACUUGGCAAAAGGUCUCUAUGAAGCUGCCUUCCUCAACUUCUCUUCGAGUAUCUCAAGACCCUUGCUUGAGGAUCUUGCGAGUAAAACAGCACAAGCGGAAACAGCGGGGAAUAUUAGUAAAGUGGUGGAUCAGCAUCUCAACUUUGUCGUCACUGAACCAGACUUGUUUAGUUUGGGUAUGCGCGAUGUCUUCUACAAGCUCAAUGCACCGGCUGUCCCGGAAGCACAGAUACAAUCAGACAUUGAUCGGAUCGUCUCGGGUCUCUUUUCUGUUAUUUUGACGCUCGACAAUAUUCCCAUCAUUCGCUGUCCGUCUGGCAAUGCUGCAGAGAUGAUUGCCUCAAAGCUCGAUGCGCGUCUCAGAGAUCACAUCAUCAAUACUCGACAAACAGCCGGGACACGACCUGCCCAGCAAGCCUAUCAACGGCCAGUCCUCGUCAUCUUGGAUCGAACCAUGGAUUUGGUCAGUAUGCUGUCCCAUUCAUGGACCUACCAAGCACUCGUUCACGACUUGUGUGACUUGCACCUCAAUCGCAUCACCCUCCCUGCAGAAGACUCUGCAAAAGCGCGUAAAGCCUACGAUCUCGACCCGUCUGACUUCUUUUGGCAAUCCAAUGCCAAUACCGUCUUUCCUUCUGUUGCUGAAAAUUUGCAAGCAGAACUCGAUCGGUAUACGCGUGAAAAGGCAGAACUCACUCGUACAACGGGUGUCACUGAGAUUGAGGACUUGGAUCCCUUGAAUGCCGGUACAACGAUUCAUCUACAAGCAGCCCUCAAGGCAUUACCAGAGAUGCAAGCGCGGAAGCAAACCUUGGAUAUGCACAUGACCAUUGCAACGGCGUUGCUCAAGGGUGUACAGGAGAGACAAAUUGACAAGUUUGUUGAGUCAGAAGAGACGAUUGCUCGAAUGCAAAAAACGACACUGCUUGCGGCACUGAGGGAUACACAGCGGAAGCCAGAAGAUCGCAUGCGGUUGUUGAUGAUUUACUAUCUCAGCCAGGAAGAAGUCAAGAAGCCUGAUUUGGCAGAAUACGAAGCAGCACUGACGGAAGCCGGUUGUGAUUUAAAGCCACUACAUGCUCUUAAGAAGCUGCGCGACUUGACACGAAUGAGUGUUCCUGCCGUGUCUGCAGCAGCACCCGCCGUCCCUGCGCAACAGAGAGGUGCAGAUCAGCUCUUCCGUGGAUUUUCCUCCUUGUCGAGCAAAUUUGGGGAGCGUUUACAGCAAGCUGGUAUCUCGGACAACUUCAACAAUCUCAUUUCAGGUGUCAAGAAUUUCCUGCCAAGCAGCAGUAAUUUGACCAUCACACGGAUUGUUGAAUCCUUGAUGGAGCCAAGCACGGGUGCUUCUUCGUAUACGGGACAAGCAAAGAGCCUUACGGACAGCUACCUCUAUUUUGACCCGAGACAACGCCAGCAGCCCGUCACGAAACCAGCCAAGCCACAGACAUUCGGUGAGGCAGUGGUGUUUACGGUGGGCGGAGGCAAUUACGUGGAGUAUGGCAAUUUGCUGGACUGGUGUGGUCGGCAAGAGCAGGCUGGAAGGGGGAAACGGGUGAUUUAUGGCAGUACGGCGAUCUUGAAGCCUGGCCAGUUUGUGGAUGACCUUGGGAGGAUCAUGGGCCAGUAGCCUGCAUCGUCAAUACACUAGUAGCCUAGCAGUAGACACUCAGUAGAGUCACUUCCCGUCCUCGCUUCAAA